AUGCCAGGUAUAUUCUGUUUUGUAAAGCGGUGUUAUGGGUCAGAAAAAAAACGAACAAUAAACCCUCUUGUUUUAAUAUCAAACAAUCAAAAUAUUUAUUUUAAUUUAUCAUUAGAAAAUUUUAUUCUAACUAAUUAUAAUGAGCUUUUAAAAUAUUUAAAUGUUAAUACUAUUGAAAAGUAUAAUCAACCAGUUUUAUUUUUAUGGAGGAAUAAUAAAUCAAUAAUAAUUGGAAAAAAUCAAAAUAUAUGGAGUGAAUGUGAUUUGGAUAAUAUUAAAAAAAAUAAUGUUUUAGUAGCUCGAAGAUUUACAGGGGGAGGUGCAGUUUAUCAUGAUUUAGGAAAUUUAUGUUUUACCUUUUUAAAUAAUAAUAUAAAUAAAAAUAAUAAUUAUAAUAUAAUAUUAAAUACUUUGAAAAAUCAUUUUAACAUUGAUGCAAAAUUACAUGGAAGAAAUGACAUAACAGUAAAUGAUAAAAAAUGUUCAGGAUCUGCAUUUAAAAAUAUUAAAGACGUUUUUUUACAUCAUGGGACAAUAUUAAUAGAUAUAGAAAAAAAUGUUUUAAAUAAAUAUUUAACGCCUAACAAAAUUAAAUACAUAAAACAUGGAGUAUCAAGUGUAAAUGCAAGGACUGUUAAUUUAAAAGAAAUAAAUAAUAAUAUAACACAUGAAAAUUUGUGUAUAGCUUUAAUUAAAGAAUUUCAAAAAUUUUAUAACAUAUCUGCAACGAGUUCUGACACAAUUUCUAAUUCUAUAGAUGGUAAAAAUGAUGAAAUAUUUGACCAAGUUUCUGAUAACUUAUCCAUAAAUAAUGUUAACCAACAAAAUAAUACUAACUUAAUUAAUAACAACGAUAUUAUAUCAAAUAAUUUAAAUGUUCAUUAUAUUGAUACAAAUCAAAAUAUCAUAAAAAAUCCACAAUUUUUAAAAUAUUAUAAUUUAUUAAAAGAUUGGGAUUGGUGUUAUGGUAAAACACCGAAAUUUCAAAAUACAUUUUGUAAACAAUUCAGUUUUGGACGAUUAGAAAUAUGUUUUGAUGUAAAAAAUGGUUUAAUAAAAGAUGGAAAUGUUUUUUCAGAUUCAUUAGAUAUUAAUUUAAUAGAUCAACUUAAACUUAUUUUUAAUAAUGAUAUUAAAUAUACCAAAGAAAGUAUAAAAGAUUUCUUAAAAAAUAUAAAAGUUGAAAAUAAAGAAUCAUUAGAAGAAAUAACAUCAUGGAUAUUAGAAGAACUCUAA